AUGCACCGCCGAAAGUCGAGCAAGGACGAAGACGAAGACAUCACCGCGACUGCCCCGCUGUCCCAAGGCUUCAACCUCAAUGGUUCGUCCGCCGCGGAGAGCGGCAGCCUCGCCGCCCCGCCCUCGCGCACGCGCGUCACCUCGACCCCGUCGACCUACGUCCCCCGUCCCCCGUCGCAGCCAGCGUCCGCAGGCCCAUACCGAACCACCUUCGGCACCCUCCAACGACCUCCGGCGGCCAACGGUACGUCUCAGCUUAACGGGCACACUCGCCAUCACUCUCCGGCGAUGCGCCAGUCCUUUUCCCUCCCGACCCCCAACGCCCACUCCCGCACGCGUUCCGUAUCUGGCCCAUUUUCGCCGAUCACGCCCUCGCCCCUGUCCUCGUCCUUCCCUGCCCACCAGCUCGCCAUGCCCUCCUCGUCUACCGCACCGGAACUGCACCAUCCAACGUCCCCGACAAGUGACGCCCCAUCUCCUCCCAAACCGGCGAACGGCAACCCCCGUCGACAUGCGCGCAUUCAUUCGCGCAACCUCUCCGUGUACUUUCCCCGCCCAGGUUCUCUUCCGGUGUCUUCCAUAGCCGAAGAUGGUGCCCAAGAGCUUGACUUCAGCAACGGCAACCUCAGUCCCCCCGCAUCGGAUGAAGGCGUCCCCAUGCCGAGCGCGUCCCCGGGGCCCGGCCAGCGGACAUUCCGCGAAGGCUUCACAUUCGGUGCCAAGCCGCCGUCAGCGCCGGGUUCCGCGACUUCGCCGGGGCAGCCGUCCAGCGGAGGCGCGGCGCGGCGCGGCACCACCACAAACACUCGCUCCUCGUCGCCAAAUGGCUUGACGGCCUCCGUGUCCGUGAAAGCACGCGCGAAAAGCCCUAUCGGCCGGGUGCGCGUGGCCCCAGAUGUUUCCCCCGUCGCGGCUGGCGCUGCGGUUUGGCAAUUCGCGCUCGGCGCGUACCUCUGGAUCACUGGACAGCAAGUUGGCUCGCUGUCGUGCACCGGGUUGGGGUACUGGGUGGUGUUCGAUGCGUUUGGUGUUGCGUUGGGCCACGUCCUUCCGAAUUACCUCGCGCGGCCAAGUGCGCGGUCCGAAGCCAGGAGACCUUAUGGGUGCGUCCCUUCCUUUUCAUUUUGCGGAUUCUACGGUCAUGACGUUGCACAGUCUGUAUACCUGAUUUUCACGUCGGUAUACGUGUGCAAGGAGACGGUCGAGCACUUACUAUUAUCUUCGGGAGAGGGUCAUCACCAUCAUCACGGGGAUGAGACCGCGUCAGUUUAUGGCAUCGACUUUCCCGUUCGCCUAUUAUUUAUCACACUCUUUUCACUCCUCGCCACCGCUAGCCUCUUCCACAACCACGCAAAACUGGCUAGCACGGCCGGUAACCGCAUCCCCUCAUUAGCAUCUCUACUCCCCACACGCUCACGUCGCUCUGCAUCCUUCCUCCAUUACCCUCCUUUGCUCGUCAACGUGCUCACGAACCCCUACUGCCUUGCUCCAAGGCACCACAGACCGCUAGAUCUCGCCCUUGCAGCAGUCGAGACGAUCGUCACUUUCAACAUCGCAUACAAAGCCGCCGUCCAGCUCGGUGCCACGCUCCUCCAAACUUCGCCCGCGCGUGGGCUCGCAGGCGGCCGGAUGGAAGCCUUCCUCCGUGCCAUGCGGGAGAUCGAGCGUCACCCACAAGUGCUGCACCUCCCUGCCCCGCACAUCUGGCAGCUGACACCCUCGCUCGCGGUCGACGACACGGACGACUCGCUGUACGCUCCCGCGCCGUCCACCGCGGCCAAGGCGCAGGGCCCGGCGCAGAGUCUUAUCGUCACGCUCGAGCUGCAUGUCCGGCACGACCUCGCGGACGUGGAGGUGUUGAAGCUGACGCGGUGGGCAUGGGAGCGGUGCGUGCACGCGCUGCACUUCGGCACGCGGGGCGGGGAGGGCGGGGAGGGCGAGGCGGAGGACGACAAGCUGCCUUUAUGGCUCUACCUCUUCGAGAAGACAAACGCGAUCGUGACGACGCUCACCGCGGGGGCCGUCAUCUACACCCGCUCCGCCGGCAUCGCGUACUUCGCCGCCGGCGCCGUCCUCUGCUCCAUCACCGUGAAACUCCUCAAGCGUUGCGUGCGCCAGCCGCGGCCGGUGCUCGUGAACGGGCGGCGGAAGAAGACCUACGGGAUGCCCUCCACGCACUCGGCCGUGAUCACCUACUUCGCGGCCUACGUCGCGCUCGCCGCCGCCCGCCUCCCCCUCCACCCGUCCCUCCCGCCCGCCGUGCGCGGCGCGGCGCCGCUCGCCGUCGCGCCGCUCGCGAGCGCGAUCGCGCUCUCCCGGCUCUGGCUCGGGCACCACACCGUGCCGCAGGUCGCCGCGGGCGUCGCCGUCGGGCUCGCGUUCGCGCCCGCGUGGUUCGCGCUGUGGACGCGCGGCGGCGCGGGGGAGCUCGGGUGCGCGGUGGAGGACGCCGUGCGGCCGUACGUCGAGUUCUGGUAG